AUGGCCACGGCCGCGUCGGUGACGCAGCUGCUGCCGACGUGGGAUGAGGAUCCGAGCUUGAAAGUCAAAUUUCGCCAGGCCCUUUGGGACUCUGGAGGACCCCGGGCUCGACGGCUUCACGGGCUUCUGCAGUGCCAUGAGAAGCUUCGUGUACACAUUUGGAGCCUCAACCUGGAAGAUUUCUAUAUCAUCAUGAUCACAUGCAAGGACACAGAUCUGCUGAGAAAUCUAGGUGAGGAUCAUUGCUUCCCACGGGGAUAUCCCGUUAUUUGGCGGCCGGGUCAGCGAUUGCACCUCUGCGGCUUCUAUCCGAAAUUCAAGAACGAUGCAGAGUAUAGAUCGCUAUCAACAGAUGGCGUUUCGCACCUUUCGCUCACCAUCAAGUGGUCUGGCUUUCUGUUUGCCUUGCUCGCGUUUUCACACAAAGAUGAAUACUACUGGGUCGUAACAUCGAAGAACAGUGCCAACUGUAGCCAGUCCUAUCUUGAGGACUUCACGCAACUGGCUGCAGAUGUGAUUGCUGCAGAACUGGGCGAAGCUCUCCCCCUUGUAAUCCGUCGCCUGGCGGACAGCCAGACCUACCUAUGCGGCGAGUGCCUGAGCAUGUCCGACCAAGGACAUGGAUAUGCCUACCGCAAGGAAGCUGUCAUGAUUACUUGUGCAGGCAAGUAUGACAAUCAGUACAGCCCGGAGAAGGAAGAUGCUUCGUUGCUCUUGCAUUUGCCUCCUGCGGAAAUUCGUGCUGUUGCGAGGGAAUGUGGGUUGCGAUGUGUGCAGGUGCUGGAGGUCCCAUCAGGCAAGGUGAGGCGAGUCGUGGACGAGCUCGAAGGAAUGCGUGAUUUUCUGACCGCGAAGACGACGAUGCGCCUGCUUGCUCGAUACGGAUUGCCUGUAGAACAGUUUCGGGAACACGCAGACUUGAUCGAUUCCGAUACCCUGGAGGGCUUGGUCAUGCAUUACCACUAUAGUGACCGGCCAUCUGUCCGAGUGAAAUGGAAGCUUCCACGCUAUACUUUUGUGACAACGCUUCUACGCCCCGUCAGAAAGAACAACGUGGCUAGUGCCAGACUAGUGGACAUGUCAGCUUCGAUGGCCAAGCAGUGGUGUCAGACAUCGGAGGGUUGCGACUACUACACCUGUUUCGGUGUGCUGGCUGGCGAGCUCGUGAAAGACUUACCUUCGGGAACACUCAUAGCCCCAUGGAUCUCCGCAGCAGACGAGGUUUUUGCGAUGGAGCACAGUGAGGUACUGCGACGCGGCAGGCAGAUCAUCGACCAGACGCGGGAAAAAGUGUCAGCAGCACUCACCAGAUCACGGCACAUUCUGCACGUCCAAAAGCAUGACUCCAUUGGAUGCGCUCUGGUGACCUUCACCAGCCCAGAGGCUUGCCACCGUCUUCUGCAUGCGGGCAACCGGCUGGACAUUGGUGCAGUCGUAGCUGACGUAAAGCGCCACACUGACAAGACGACAGGGCAACCUUCAGCAGACACCGUGUUCGUUGCUUGGGGGAGACAACAAGAGCUGAAUGCACCAGUGAGCGGUGAAGCAUUGCUGGCGGCAUUGGAGACUUGUGUCUCCGGAGCUCCUGCAGUGCCUGCGGUGCUUGCUUCGCCAGCAGCCAGACCUGUUGCUCCCAAGAGGGGCAGCUGGCAGCUGAGGCUCGUCCUGCGAGGGAUCAUGGGGUCCGGAAAGAGCACGUUGGCGCGAGGGCUCGCUGCUGAGCUGGGCGCGGUCUGCAUCAGUCAAGAUGACUACGCACAUCAUGGCAAGGAUGCGCGCCACUCUUCGUUCCUGGACGAGGUCCGGCAGUCAGCUUCCUCGGUGGUAAUUCUGGAUCGAGUGAACUCCCUCCGUCGCCAUCGAGUGGAAAUUUUGGAAGUGCUCGAUGAUGAUGGUGCCGCUGUGCUACUCUCGCUCUUCCACCCUGCCGACCCUCCAGGUGAUGCAGGAGCUGCUGCCCUUCAGCUCUGUGAAGCUCGUGUACAGCAACGUGGGCAUCACCAGACACUUUCUGGGAGCAGGACAGACUUGUCAUCGAUUCUGCGAUGCACAGCAAACCUCAUGGAGCCCAUCACAGAUGCGGAGGUGGCAGACUUUUUUGCCCACGUUCGGGUGGACAUGACGAUGUCGCCGCAAGAUGCCUUAUCUUUCGUUCUUGAGCAGCUCAAGUGUUUGGGCUUGGUAGAGCAAAAUGAAGCUGGACGUUGGAAUGCACGCGCAGUUGGUGUAGUUGCGCCUCCCCGAGUGGAUGACAAUCAGCGCCGGGGCUAUACAGACGCUGUGACGGAGAUCUUCCAGUUUGCGCCACCCGGAUUCUUCGAGUGCGAAGCUCCACGUAAGCUUCGUUUACGCGUCUCUUUCGAGCUUGGGGCUGGUCUUCAUCUGCGGCCGUCCUGGCACGGAAUGAUUGUGGAUGAGAUAGAAGACUCACCUGGCCAACCUGGCUUGAGGUUAGGCGACUGCAUUCGACAGAUACAGGCGCCAGGGCCAGGGGUGACAUGGCAAAAGCUUCACGACCUCGGACAUGAGGACUGUGAGUUGCUGUUUGCUCAGUCCUUUCAAGAUGGUGCUCAAGUAUUGCUGGAGCCCCAUUGCGAGACUUCCGGAAAUCUGCCAAAAGGACUGGAAGGCCUACUGGAUGUGAGCAUGCUUCGAGCAGAUUUGGCGAGCUUCGGUAUGGACUUUGAUGUGGAGCUUCACCUUUGCUGGCCAACUCAUGUCGUGCUUGCAGGCCCAAGGCCUGCUGUCGCCGCCGCGCGUCUACCGGCAUCGCAACUUCUGAGCCAACACAUCCAAUCGACAUCGUCAUGCGGAAAAGCUGUGCGUGGUCCAGCUACUGCAAUGGAUGAGAAGCCGGCCUCCUGCCUGGGCGAUCCGGAGCUUCCACAGAAGCGGACUCGCAGGCUGCACCAGUCGGAACUGAAUCUUCGGCCACAACCUGCUGGUUCUGCCAACUUUUUGCUGAUCCAGUCCUGGGCGAUUCCUGAUCCAGAAGCACCACUCCAUUUUUGUGCAGAUGACUCGCGUGUGGACUACCAUUGGUGUGCUCCAGACGGCGAUGUGUGCAAGCGCUGGGAGCAGAACGACGGCCUAGCAACUGAACCCCAACACUCUGAUGCUGGUUGGACGGUUUGGUGCUUUUGUGGCGAGCGGAUGCAACUCAUUUCGUCUGAAGAACCUUGCCGAUUAGAGCUCUCCUGCACAUGCCCGAUCUGUGGCAAAUUCGCACAAACUGGACUUCGCUUCUUAGCGAUGGGGGAUGACAUCUGGCAUUGCGCCACGUGCGGGGCGACCGAGCAGACCAAGAGAGGAUCUCGAGAACCCUUGGGGAUACCGGGCUCACCAGAACUACGGAUGCUACGCGAGCAAGGUCAUGUGCUUCUCGAGUGUGUGCGCCUGUCGCUUGGCAAAGAUGCCGCUUACAAGGCUGUCGGACAGCACUUCCACUUUGGGCAGUCUGGCGUCGCAGAUGCAGUUCGUGCAAUUCAUGCACUGCGGCAAAUUGUACCGAAACAGUCGGAUGCCAGCCUGCGAGUCUCCGCCCAAAAGCGGCGCCUCCUCCGUCUACAGGACGACGACUCCAGCUGUCGUGCAUUGGCUACUGAGUUGAAAGAGGACAUGUCCCAGGAUUUGAAGGACACUUUGCUUUUUGGCUUUGCUAAUGCGGGGCAUGCCAACCUGCUGCGACUCUUGCUGGAAGCAAGAUGCAGCGCCAAUGUGCAACGCACGAAGGCGACGCCAUUGGGAAGAGAUUACAACUGCCCGAUCGGUGGCACAUACGUCGUUCAGACUAAGAAGGAGAAGGAUGUGCAGCUGUUUCAUGGUGCACAGAUCCUGGUUCCGAUGCAGCUGAAACAGAACCAGGCUCCAACCGACAGGGCCUGGUUAAAGGUGGAUUUUGAUGAUCCAGACCUUGGGGUCGCGAGACAGUCGGAUGAUGCGCAGGCAGAUGCAGAUGCCGGCGGCGGGCCGGCUCCAAGAAAAAAGUCCGAUGGGAAGGAGGAGAAUGGCGACAAGGAAGGUGACAAGGAGAACGACGAUAGCGAUGACAAGGAGGAGGACAAGCCAGAUGAUAAGGAGGAGGACGACGAAGACGGUGACGAUGAGGAUGGUGAAAAGACCCGGACGCAGUUCGUGGAUUUGUUGAUGAAGGCAAAAGAGAUCUCAGCCGGCACUACUUAUGAGGAUGCCGAAGGUCUUCUGAGUAAGAGGGCAGCCUGGAAGGCUGUGGAUGAACAGACUCGGAGGGAGUGCUUUGAGAUCUUCGUGGACCACCUUGCCACGCAUACAGGUAAGAAGAAAAAGAAGAAGGACAAGGCGAAAAAAGGCAAAAAGCGAAAACACAAAGGGACCGAGGAAGAGGCAGCGGAAGAGGAUGAUGAAGAGGAUGCACCACGCAAAAAAAAGAAGUCCAAAAAGGGGGAGAGGAGAAAGAAAGCGCGGAGCAAGUCAUCCUGA